UGAGGUUAAUAAUUUAUAUUAGGACUUUCAACAUCAGUAUAUUGACACUCUAAUAGAUAACCAUUUGCCUUAUAAUUUAUACUAUCAGGAAGCUGCUCGUGCAGCUUUUGAAGAUGCGGAAAAGCAGAUGGAAGACAUAUUGGGAGCUAUUGAAACAAAAUCUGAGAGUAUCACAAAAAUUCAAAAUGAUCUUGAAAGGAGCAAACUCGAAGCAUUGGAAGCUCAUAAAGUGGAACAAGUUCGUGUUUUAAUGAUGUACAGGGAGGGGCUUGGCAGGGACGGUGGCUGGGCGCGGGGCUGGCUGGUGGGGUUCUCAACUUCACGGCGGCAGCAGUUUUAUUGCAGAAAUUGGGCUAAACUUUAUAUUAAAGAUGCUAAAGAAGUUUUCAGGUAUAUUGAGAUGAUUUCUUUGGAGCAAUUCUUGACAACAUUUGUAGUUGAGGCCUUUAGAAUGGAAGAAUGUAUUUCACUAAUUUUUGUAUACAUUUCUUGUUUUGUAUUUAGUGAUAAAGGAAUCUGAAUUGGGCAUAAAUUAUGUUGUAAUAUGAUUUCUUAAGCCUAGACUAGUAGACUAAAUAUUGUAAUUACAUUUGAGUAAUUAAUAAAAAUCUAUUUAUGUUA